ACAGAACCCAUUGUGGUGUUGGAGAGGAGUGAGCGGCUGCCUGAGAGAAGAAGAAAAGCGGCAAUUCCGUGCUCACAAAGGGACUCAUGAUAAGCGGACACGUAUGGACGUUAAUGCACAACACGGACGCUGUUUUCUUUGAUGAAGAGGACCUCGUAGUCCAGUCGGAAAGAGCCGGUAAACGAAGAGUUAAGACUCGACAUCCCAACUGUUUAUUUCAGCAGCUAGCAGGCUAGCUGGCUAGAUACCUACGAGCUAGACAUGGGAAGCCCGUGUGAGUUUGCACGAUAGAGAUCUCAGUCGUGCUUUGAAGAAGCUGUUUUCGGUGUAGAUACUGUUGGCAGUGAUUUCAGGUGUCCGUCGCCCGCCUCGCAAGUAGCCGCAACUUUGAAGAAUGAUAUGAACUGAGCGCUAAGCAAUUCACUACUACAUACCCGGAGAGGAAAAAGUCAUACAGGCCUGGCUCGAGGUUGCUGACAAACACCGAGAAGGCAGAACAUGACUCACUGGCCUCUGCCAGAAACUGGCACGGGGCAGCUGUGGCAACCUCGCCCCUGCCUGCCGCUGUAGAAGCUACGCUGGUACAUCAUGACGGAGAGGCAUUGAGGUUAGCUCCCUGACGAUCAUCUCAAUACCUCUCCUCCCUGUCCCUCAAGAACCCCCCCUGCCCCUGCCCUGUCCCCAUCAUGCUGCGCUUCCUGCCUCUCAAACUUGGCCGCCUGUACCGCUGUCUGAAGCUCUUGCUGGUGGUGGGAUUGUUUGUCAUCUUGUUGAUGAACACCCACAACCUGUUUGCCUCCUUCCAGAAGAAUGAGCUCACUGACAGACGCUUCAUCAACCUCAACAAGUGUCCCGCCUGCUUUGGCACCAGCUGGUGCCGCAAAUUCAUGAACGGCCAGGUUUCCUUCGAGACCUGGGGUCGCCUGCGAUUCCUAGAUGUUUUCAAUGUCAAGAAUGUUUACUUUGCUCAGUACGGUGAGCCCAGGGAGGGCACCCGUCGCGUGGUGCUCAAGCGCCUCGGCUCCAACCAGGAGCUGGCUGAUAUAGACCAGAAAAUCUGCAAGAGGGCCACAGGCAGGCCGCGCUGUGACCUCAUCCAGGCGAUGUACAAGACUGAAUUUGCCAGGAUCAAUGGCGACGUUCGUCUGCUCACUCCAGAAGUGGUGGAGGGCUGGUCAGACCUGGUGCACUGCCCCUCUCAGAGGCUGCUGGACCGCGUGGUCCGCAGGUACGCUGAGACCAAAGACUCAGGCAGCUUCCUGCUGAAGAACCUCAAGGACACGGAAAGAAUGCAGCUGCUCAUGACGUUGGCAUUCAACCCGGAACCGCUCGUCCUGCAGAGCUUUCCGUCAGACGAAGGGUGGCCGUUUGCCAAGUACCUGGGAGCGUGUGGGCGCGUGGUAGCUGUUAACUAUGUGGGCGAGGAGUUGUGGAGCUUCUACAAUGCACCCUGGGAAAAGAGGGUCGACUUGGCGCGCCAGCUGAUGGACAUUGCCGAGCAGCUCACCAACAAUGACUUUGAGUUCGCCCUCUACCUGCUCGACGUCAGCUUCGACAACUUUGCGGUCGGCCCACGCGACGGGAAGGUCAUCGUCGUCGACGCUGAGAAUGUUCUCGUGGCAGACAAAAGGCUGAUCAAACAGAACAAGCCAGAAAACUACGACGUGUGGUAUGAGAGCCGUUUUGAGGAGUGCGACAGGGAGGCCUGCCUGUCUUUUUCGAAGGACUCGCUUUGUUCCAGGGUCACCGUGGACCACAACUACUAUGCCGUGUGCCAGAACCUGCUGUCACGGUAUGCUACGUGGCGGGGCACCACAGGAGGCCUCCUACACGAUCCGCCCGCCCACAUAGCCAAAGAUGGACAACUAGAGGCUCUGUUGGACGAGUGCACCAAACCCAAAAAGCGCUAUGGCCGCUUCCAGGCGGCCAAGGAACUGCGCGAAUACCUCACGCAGCUAGCUGCCGCCUCCUCCUCCUCAACGGCCAGGUAAUGAAUGGAGUCGGCGUUAGCAUGACGCACUGACAGACUUUACCCUGUACUCUUUAUCUCCGGACUCUUGAGAUCCUGGUCCUUGUACAUGAUGUCAUUCGCUCCCUUUUGUGCACUGGAGCUGGGAGGUAUUCGACGUCUUACAUCAGGAAGUGUAAGAGUCAGACUUCAAAGCAGAUUUGUUAAAGCUCUGGCUUUUACCUGACUUUGCUCCUGUGUGAAAGAGGAGUGUGGCGCUAAGAGAUUCUGGUUAGAACCAGGAUAAAGGGGGUAUAGAGGUAACUUCUCCUCUCCCAGGGUGGGCUGCUAUCCUUGGAAGUGAGGAGGUGAGAUAGGGCUCUGGUAAACACAUCCGUCACUGGCUAACCCAGGCUAACGCAAACCAGAGCAUCCACGCAGCAGCAUCACUCCACAGCCCUGAACACAUCCAUCCUCGUAUUCACCUCCCAAUUUGCCAGAACUGUUAUGUUUCAUAGAAUUGAAUCCUAACACCUGUUUCAUUUUCCCCAGGAUCUCCUGUUUUUCUUUUCUUUUCUUUUUUUUUUCCCAGGGCUGAAUUGAAGCAGAUUGGUGCGUUUACAUUAUUGCUGUGCCAUGGCUUUUUUUUUUCUUGCUUUUUUUUUUUCUGUAGCAUGGCUGCGGGCAGGUGAAGAUAGCAUCAAUCUUUUGCUGGCAGUGGCGAAGGCCGGGUUACAGCAGGUAGAGAGGAGAUGCGGGGGGUUAGGGCUUUGAUUUUCACGCAGGAGAAAAAGAAAACCCUUGACGGCUAUAUAAGUCUAAUUUCCUGCUACUCCAAUCACUCACUUGAUUUCCAGGUUCCAAGAUUGUGGCAAUCAUCUUUUUUUUCUUUUUCUAGGUGUGUUUUUCUUUUCCCUUUUCCUUUUUUUUAAAAAUAGGAAACAGAGAGUGAGACAGCUGCACACAGGAAAAAAUCAAGGGAAUAAUUGGCCAAUGGUGGUCCCUUGAUGCAGAUGUGCCUAUACCAAAGAGGCUAUAUAUAAUAUUAAGAACCAUGAGCGGUACAGAGUGACAGCACCCUUCCCUCCAGUUGUUUCCCAAUAGAGCUGUCCAAAGGAACUGAGAUGUGUACACAAUCGUAUAGGAGCUGGCAGGCCUGCAUACUGAUAUAUAUAUAUUUUUUUUAUAAUCCUGAGGUAUGCUCGUCAAAGAUUGGGCAUACUUAAUGUAACAUAAGACACACCAAGACAAAUAGGAAUAGACAUGAUGUUUCCGUCAACAAGGUAAAAAAGAGAAAUGAAAGUAGGAAAUGAAAUGUUUCUCAAGAGGACUGACAACACAAUAAAGCAGCGUAGUAGCAGCCUCCAGUGCCACACUCCCUAAAUGUCUGUAAUUGAUAAAGGAAUCCUAUUGUCAAACUUCUCCCACUAGUGUUGAGUGCAAAUGUAGAUCAAGUCAAUGUUAAAAAGAGAAAAAAAAAGGGAAUAAAGAUAUCCUAAAUUACUUCUUGCUCCAAAAGUGGCUUCUGACCUGCACUUUUAAAUUUUGCAGCCCCAGAAAUUUCUGCUGAAUAUUUAAACACUCAGGACCACUUAGAGGUUGGGUUGAUUUUACACUCAGUGGACCAACGAAUUAAAGCGUAAUUGCAAAUAUAGGCCCAUUUGGUAAUGGAUUAUACAAAUAACCUCUCUGGAAAAAAAAAAAUCUUUGGCUCCAUAUGUUUUGCAGGUCAUCUGUCUUGAUAUGUUGAAUUAAACGCUAAAUGUGCGGUGUAGUGUUGUGUCGCACGGCCAAUAAUCAAGCAAAUACGAGCCACUCCAUCUGCGGGGAAACUGGAAAGCACAGCAGUUGCUUUACGGUCUUGUGCAAGAGCCGGCGAGCUGACGUGACCCUUGUCAGUCAUGAAAAGCAAUAAAGAGAAGUUUGCCGAAUGGAUUUCUGGUUUUUGAUCCCCACCCCCCAACCCCCAUCCCCCAUUCUCUGUUGUGUCAGAUAUAUUUGUGUUUCCCCUGUCUGGAGGAUGUUAAACCUGGAGGGAUUUGUACGUGCGUAACUAACUGUCCACUUUUGUACUGUAAUUUUUCUUUUGAGUAUUAUAUCAGCAUUGUCUGAUCUUUUCCUGUGCCUUUCAUUCAAAAGUUGUAUUUACAACUUUUAGUGGGUUUAAAUAUUAAAAUAAAAGAAUAUAUAUAUAUACAUAUAUAUAUAUAUAUAUAUAUAUAGACAGAGAGAUAUUCA